AUGGAAAAUCACAGCAUGAUCAACACGACCUUCCCCGUAGAUCUACCAGAGCUGGCGGAGCUUACGCUCACAACCAAGGAGUUCGAGCGAUACAUUACAGCUCUGUUCCCAAGCACAUUCGAUCUCCCAGUGCAUAUAAAGGACGUAGAGUCUACUUCUACCAAACCUCUACAAGCGGAGAAUACAGCGGAGACUUCUCGAUUUAUGGACGGCCUAAGCAGCUCCGCCGUACCAUCCCUCGACAAGCAUGACGGCAAGAUGCCCACGGAGAAUCGCGACGUCGCACAUGCCGACUCUGGAAGUGCUUUAGUCGACCUGUUCCACGAACUCGAAGACGUGGUCUCUGGUGAUCGGAUGAAGCAGCUGCUCGAUACUGCGUGGAAGGUUGACGCUACCGCCACUCUCAAAAUCAUCUGGAAUGCUCGUUCCAUCCAUCUAGGCAAAUCUAGCCGUAACACUUUCUACCGUGCCGUUGGCUGGCUCGCUGAGAAUCAUCCUCACACUUUACUCGGCAGCCUGCCUUGGCUCGUGCGUCCUCUCAUUCAGAAGAAGGCUCCCAAGCCGGAGAAGGAUGCAGCCAGCAAGGGUGAGGCGAGCGAACUCGUCCCUGCUGAUGAUGAUGCGGAUGAGUUCGAGAUGGUCGAGGUCGAGCUGGACGGUCAGCCAAGCACUAAGAAGGUAAAAUUGGAUACACCCGAAGCGAUUGCAGGCCUGGAGGAAUUCGACGUCAAGUACGGCGUAGCUCACGGCUACUGGAAAGAUCUGCUCAACAUUCUCGCUCUCGCUGCCAACGACCAGCUGAAAGUCAAUGGAGACCCUCGCAGUGUAUUCAACGUGCCAAAGCCGACUGGCAAGCCUCACACUCGCGACUGGACCAAAGGCAAGAGGAAGAUCCAAACCGCCGAGCGUCACGAACGUGUCAUUGAGAAGCUCACAAACGAUCUUUUCUACAAAGCUCUACACCUCACCAUCGCUCGCCUCUUCGCCAAUCAAUUGAAAGCGGACUUAGCUCGUCUCGAAUCCAACAACAAGUCCGAUCGCAAACUCAUCACACUUGCUGGUAAAUGGGCUCCCAGCAACAAAGGCAUGCACGACCAGUAUACCUGUAUCGCGACAUCCAUUGCAGAGCUGCUCUAUCCAUUCGACACCCUCUGUUCCGAUCUCACCGUCGACCCUGGUGAUCGUACACUCUAUCUCAAGCACGCGAGACGGGCUUACCAGGUCAAAACGCUCUCCGUACUGCGCAAACACCUAGACAUUGUCGAGACGAAGCUCACAAACAAGACGUACGAAGCCAUCAAGUACGACCGUAUCCCCUCCUUGGCGAUGAAGCAAUACACCCCCCUCUUCGCAGAGAAAGACUUCGAUCGCUUCGACAAAUACCUCGACAGCGUCGCAGAAGGCAAAUCGAGCAUCUCGGGCGCCACUCUGCUCCCCUCUACACUCGUGUCGGGCGUCGGGAAGGCAGCCCUGCCUACUAUUCAACGAGGGGCAGGAACCAACGCCAAAACCAUGGUGGAAGAGAAGAUGCGCAAUAUCCGGAUGAAAUCCACGAACGGACAAUGGAAGGCGCUAGUCCAGCGCAUCAAAGACAACGGCACACUCGAGAGCUCGAUCGCGGUCUGCGACGUCUCUGGCUCCAUGACCUUUCCCCAAUUCCCCGAUCGUACUUGCCCCAUGGACUCCGCAAUCGGCCUCUCCCUUCUCAUCGCCGAAGUGACCGCACAGCCCUUUGGCGGCCACUUCAUCACCUUCUCAGCUGCGCCGCAGGUGUUGAAGGUGGGAGGCAGCACCGACAAUCGCACAUUCGAGGAGAAAGUCCAGUACAUCCAAUCCAGCGACUGGGGCAUGAAUACGGACUUCGUCGCCGUCUUCGAGAGACUCAUCCUGCCCAUGGCAAUCGAGAAGAAGCUUACGCAAGAAGAAAUGGUGAAGCAGGUCUUUGUGUUCAGCGACAUGCAGUUCGAUGCGGCCGACACCACCACGUCUCGCUGGAGCACUUCGUACGAGCGGAUUCAGAAAAAGUACAAAGAGGCCGGGUACGAGAUGCCGAAGCUCAUCUUCUGGAACCUGGCAGGCGGACGCGCAGGAUACCAAAAUACCGGCACGUCGGGUAGUGACAGCAAGGAUACAGCGCCGAAACCCGUGACAGCUGCGGAGGAGAACACGGCGUUGGUAUCUGGGUAUAGUCAGGGUCAACUGAAGAUGUUUUUGGAUAAUGGGCAGUUCAAGGAUGCCGAGGACGAAGAGGUGAUUGAGGAUGAAGAGGGGGAGGAUGGGGAUGAAGUAGUGGUUGGGAAGACGGUAAAGAAAGCGAGGCAGGAUCCGUUGGCUAUGGUGAGGAAGGCGAUUAGUCAUGAGGCUUACCGCAUGCUGAAGGUGAUGGAUUGA